AUGUUCGACGUGGUGGAAGUUCGCUGGCCUUCGGAGCCCUUCAUUUGGCGUCGUGCGCGGAUAUGGGACGUGAGCAAUGAAGGUGUCACAUGCUUCUUCGAUGAUGGCUCGGUGAAUGAGAUUGUCUUCGCCCAUGAGGAUGUGCGCUUCUUGAGCGAGGAGGAGGUUGAUCCAAACUUCCGCCCUGAGCCAGGUGAUCUCGUGGAAUACGAACUUUUGCCCACGCAAUUCUCCUCUGGGGGAUGGGCUGUAGCCAAGGUCCUCGGGCACACUGACUGCCUGUGGCACCUCCAUACGCCCGAGCGCAGCGAACGUAGCGAAUUGGCCGGGGAGGUGUUGAUGCCCUUGUCACGGUUAAGACCCAACAUCACACGAAACAUCUGCGGGCUGCAAAGGGAGGAGGCCUUUGUGCAGAACAAUUUGCUGUCAGAAAAUGCCUCCACCUGUUUUCGACGGAUUGAAAGUCUGGCUGUGGGCUUGCAAGACGGCAGAGAGAGCCCUGAUCUCCUUCGAAUCCGACAGGUUGGGCUGGAGCCCAAGGUUCUGGCAGUGGGCACUUUCAAGGCUGUUCAACGCGCCAAGCUGCUGAUUCCAUCGAUGCUGCACCAUCAUAGAAAAGGCAAGGUUCUGGAGGACGCCUGCCAAAAGAGGGAAGAUGCCUUGGCCCAGAGGAGCAUGAAGAAGAUUCGGGAAGGAUGGGACCGCACCGAAGCCAACAUGCCUCAGGGCGUGGUGAAAGAUGAGUUUUUCCUGGACGUGGCCCACGUUGGGCGAUUUGUUGGCAAAGGUGGCAGCAACAUCAGGUCGUUGCAAAGCCAAUUCAACGUCAGCAUUUUCAUCUUUGAUGAAGAUGACACCAGGAAGCGGGUGCUGGUUCUGGGGCCCAACCAGGAGGCCGUCUCUGGGCUUCGCAGGGCCUCGGAGAUCAAGAGCCGCGUGCUGCAAACGGACAAAGAGACCAGGAAGUGGUUGUUGUGGAGGUCCAAAGUGGUGGACACCAUCAAGAAGAUGUGUAGCCUCAUCAAUAUCCAGGUGGAGGAGCAUGAGGUCAUCAUCACUGGGACCCCUGAGGCCUGUGAGAACGGCCUGAAGUUUCUACAGGCGCAGAUCCAGUACUUCCACACGCUCCAAAAGUUGGAGACGACCAAAGUUGAACUCAUGAAACAGCUGGGUGAGGGGCCAGAAGUGGUGUGGCCCCUGCAGUUCGAACGGACGGAACGUCGGCCCUCCCGAGCCACGACACCAAGACACAUGUCUGGUUGUGACUGCCGUGAUUGCGGCCAGAAAGCGCAACGUGCGGAAAUGGCCCUGUGCGAAAAGUUAUGGCGAGCUGUUGGGGAAGAGCGACCUGCAGCCCUGGCAACUUGGCUGCAGAUGUUGGCCGAGAGGUAUCCCAAGCUCCGGGACUUUUUCGUGGAUCGCCUGGGUGUUAGCACCACCUUGUCUGUGGCGGGUUGUGUUGAGGCACUGCGCAGCCUCCGAGGCCGUUCAUCAGAGAAGCUGCUGAAACUGGCAGCAGGUCUGUUGCUGCAAGUGCAGGAGGUCUUCAGUGCAGAGGCCAACGAGGUUGAGAUCGCCGCUUUGCGACAGGAGGAACUCUUAGCAGUGCCUGGUAGCGAUGGCCUGCGCCGGGGAGCUUGGCUUCCGGAGGCCGAUGACUCUGCGCUGAAAUUGGCCGAGCUGAGUGUCGAAGGAAUGACCUGUGCAGCCUGCAGUGGGGCUGUGGAAAGGGCACUGAAGCAGAUGAAUGGUGUGGAACAGGUGGAGGUGAACUUGCUGCGCGCCCGUGCGCAAGUGCACUUCCUGGAGGGGACAGCUACGGCUGAGCAACUGGUAGAUGAGAUUGAACUGAUCGGUUUUGAUGCCAGUAUUUUGAGCGUGACAUCCGCCACUUUGGGCACUGGAACAGCCCCAAAUCGCCGAGUAGAGCUCUCUGUGCAGGGCAUGACGUGUGCUGCUUGCAGCGGUGCGGUUGAAAGGGCCCUGCGCAACGCGCACAGUGGCAUUCUGGACGUUCAGGUGAACCUGCUGCGUAGCAAGGCGGUGAUUCGAUGCACUGCAGAGGCCCCGUCUGCUGAAGCCAUGGCCGGAGAAGUGGAAGAUUGCGGCUUCGAGGCCAAGGUAAUCUCGGAAAAUGAUGAGGCGACCCCUGUAGGGCAACGACUGCAACCGGAGACCGCGAAGCUGCACGUGCAGGCAAAUGAUCCUCAGGAGGCCCAAGUGGCACUGGAAAAGCUCGAAAAGAUGCCGGGCAUCCUCAAUGCAUCGAUGUUCAGGAGCUGCUGCCUUCGCAUCAGCUACCGCCCAGAUGAGUUGAAGCCCGGGGAGAUCCUCCGGUCCUCACCGGAGCUGGAACACUUGGCUCUGCUGCCGUUGGAGUCGGCGUCUGCAACCGAGAGCCUGAAGAGAGAUCUGGGAUGUGCACUACCACCGACUCUUUUGAUAAUUGCGCUGGUCUUCAUUUUGCCCCUCACAGGUUCCAGGUUUCUGGACUUCGAUUGUGGCAUCCCGGGGCUCAGAGCAGAGACGCUUCUCCUCUUCUGCCUGGCCACCCCGGUGCAGUGCUACUGUGGGCGUCGCUUCCACCGCGCCGCCAAGCGCGCCUUGAAGCGCAGGGCGCCUAACAUGGACGUGCUGAUCUCGACCGCCACGUGCUUGGCGUAUGGCUACUCCACCUUCAUGAUGGUCUUGUCUGUCGCCUUUACCUUCCUAGGUGAAGUCCAGGAGGGUCCACCCCCCCACUUCUUUGAGACGCCUUGCAGCCUCAUCACCGUGGUGUUGAUUGGACGCUUAUUGGAGGCUGCAGCCAAGCAACGUACCACGGAUUCCUUAGAUGAGUUGGUGAGGGCCAGCCCUCCCACGGCCAGGGUCAAUGGGGAGGAGCUGCCGAUCGAACUGGUUGCCCUGGGGGAUGUGGUCGAGAUCCUCCCUGGCGAAGUCGCCCCCGUGGACGGAGAGCUGCUGAGCUGGGACGAACCCAGCGGCACAUCGGGCGGGCAGCAGGGCUGGUCCACGGCGGCAGUGGUGGCCUUUGAUGAGUCUCUGCUUACAGGUGAGAGCCGGCCGGUUCCAAAACAUCAAAAGGACACAGUCAUCGGCUGCAGCCGCCACGUGGGUUCGAGCCCGUGCCGUGUCCUGGCCACUCGUGUGGGCAGCGGCAGCGCCGUGGCGCAAAUCGUCCAGCUGGUGGAGAAGGCCGCAGCCUCCGCCAGCACGGCGCCGGCUCAGCGCUUUGCCGAUGCGGCCGCCACGGUCUUCGUGCCCUGCGUGGUGCUGCUAGCGGCGCUCACUGCUUUGGUGUGGUUUUGUGGCCCGGAACAGCUAAGCAUGGUGAGUUCUGGAAGUGUGCGCAUGCCUUCAUCGCACCAUUGGUCCCAUGCCUUCUUGACAUGCGAGCAGAUGCUGUUUGCAUUGAAGUUUGGCCUUUCUGUGCUUCGCCUCAGUUGGGAAUCAUUGGGCAUAUCGGUGCUUCUGGUGGCCUGUCCAUGCGCCAUGGGCCUGGCCACCCCCACAGCCGUGAUGGUCUCCACUGGCGUGGCGGCGCGGCGCGGCGUGCUGGUGAAGAGCGCCGCGGCGCUGGAGCUGACGGACAAGACAGGCACCUUAACCUUGGGACGGCCCGGGAUGGUCUCGAUGGCCCUGAGAAGCUCCGCGCAGGCUACGCACGCAGCGCAGGAAGUGGCAAGCCUCGGAAGGCAGCUGACCACAAGGACAGCCACGAGCUCGACGGAUCGGAGCAUCGCGGUGGUGCAGUUAGAUCGAAAUGCGCAACCGGUGCCCUUCCAGGGCUCGGAGUCAGAGCUGCUUGGGCUCUGCAUCCUUUUGGCCGCCUCUGCUUCCCAUUCGGAGCAUCCCUUGAGUCGCGGCUGCGAAGAGGGUGCCGCCCAGGUCGCCGGCUGCACUGCUGCAAUGCUGCUGCAGGGGGCACCGGAAGUGUCGGACUUCGAAGUGCUGCUGGGGGUUGGGGUGAAAUUCCGCCUGGGCGACCUGAAGGUGUCCGUGGGCUUCUUGGAAUACUUGAGCAGUGAUUUGGAUGCCACGGACUGGGCACAAGGGCAGAGAAGUCGAGGAUGCAGUAUUGUGGCGGUACAAGCCAAUGGCAUCCUGCUGGGCAUGGCCGCGCUACGGGAUACCCUGCAUCCCAAUGCCUGGCAAGUGAUCCAGGAACUGAAAGACGCAGGCGAAGAGGUCUGGAUGUGCACUGGUGAUCAUAGCACCACUGCCGCGGCUGUGGCCGAUGAACUUGGGAUUCCUAUGAAGAAUGUCCGUGCGGAGUGUGCUCCAGCUCACAAGGCGGCCUUGGUGGCGGAGCUCCAGACGUCGGGGCGCCGUGUGGUCUUCGUCGGGGACGGCGUCAACGACGCCGUGGCACUGACCGCGGCGGAGGUUGGGAUCGCCAUCGGCGCCGGCGCCAGGCUGGCGCUGGAGGCGGCGGAUGUGGUGCUGGUGCGUUCGGAUCUGCAGGAGCUGCUGACAGUAAAGCAGCUGGCACUGGCUACGGUUUGGUGCAUCAAACGCAACUUUCUGUGGGCCUUUGUCUUCAACCUUUGCAUGAUUCCACUGGCUGCCGGGGUUCUUCAGCACAGAGGUAUCCAUUUGCCCCCUGCAGCUGCAGCUGCUGCAAUGGCCUGUUCCUCCAUUAUGGUGGUCUCCUCUUCCCUGCUGCUUCGCCGCUUCAAGCCCCGCCCUGGCCGCCACGGCCAUGGCCACGCCGCCGGCGGCGCGGCCACGCGGGAGGGGGCGCAUCGGAGGAGGCCCAAGGCGCGAGGCAAGAAAUACAUCGAGAUGCGUCCGUUGACCGCGGGUGAUGACAGCCCGCAAAUGGAUGCAGAUAGUGCUGUGUGA